CGGGAAAGGCUUUGUCAGGGUUGUAAACACGUUACAGUAUUUUGGGCUUUCUUCCAUCAGGGUAAAGAAAUGGAUGUUGCUGAACAGACCAUUGUUACAAAGCAAGUGAAAGAUCAAGUUGGUGAAAGAUGUCAGAAGUUAUUUCAGGAUUUCUUAGAAGAGUUUAGAGUGGAUGGGGAGCAGAAGUACACAGUUGGAAUCAAUGACCUGGGACGCCCUGAGAGAAACACAUUGACUGUCAGUUUGGAGGAUGUUGACAAGUUCAAUCAGAAUCUAGCCACCACCAUCCUUGAGGAGUAUUACAGAGUUUACCCAUAUUUAUGUAGAGCAGUGAAAAAUUUUGUGAAGGACUAUGCUCAGACACCUCAAGGAAAGGAAUAUUAUGUCAGUUUCACAGAUGUUCCCACCAGACUGAAGGUGAGAGAGAUGACAACAGCCAAAAUUGGAACUCUCUUACGAAUCUCUGGCCAAGUGGUGAGGACCCACCCUGUUCAUCCGGAGCUGGUCCUAGGAACGUUCAUGUGUCUGGACUGCAGAACAGUUAUUCCAGACGUAGAGCAGCAGUUCAAAUUUACACAGCCCAGCAUUUGCAGAAACCCUGUAUGUAACAAUAGAUCCCGUUUCAUGUUGGAUGUCAACAAGUCCAGAUUUGUGGACUUCCAGAAAGUCCGGAUACAAGAAACACAAGCUGAACUUCCCAGAGGAAGCAUUCCUAGAAGUGUGGAGGUGAUCCUGAGAGCAGAGGCAGUGGAGACUGCUCAGGCCGGAGACAAGUGUGACUUCACAGGAACUCUCAUUGUUGUCCCUGAUGUCGCUACCAUGUCAUUACCAGGUGCUAGAGCUGAAACAGGUGCAAGAGUGAAGGGAGCUGAGGGGUAUGAAACAGAAGGGGUCCGUGGACUAAAAGCCCUGGGAGUCCGAGAUCUGACCUACAGGCUGGCCUUCCUGGCUUGCUCUGUGACCUCAAGUAACCCAAGGUUUGGAGGCCGAGAUUUGAGAGAUGAUGAGAUGACUGCUGAGACUUUGAAGAAACAGAUGACAGCUGACGAGUGGCAGAAGGUGUACGACAUGUCACAGGAUAAAAAUCUGUACCACAACCUCUGUACCAGUCUCUUCCCUACUAUUCAUGGCAAUGAAGAAGUUAAAAGGGGGAUUCUGCUUAUGCUGUUUGGAGGGGUUCCCAAGGUUACUCAAGAGAGAACCAAUCUCCGUGGUGACAUCAAUAUUUGCAUUGUGGGUGAUCCUAGCACAGCCAAGAGCCAGUUCCUUAAACAGGUUGAGGAGUUCAGUCCACGGGCUGUUUACACCAGUGGAAAGGCUAGCUCUGCAGCUGGUCUGACAGCGGCCGUGGUGAAGGAUGAGGAAUCCUACGAGUUUGUUAUCGAGGCGGGGGCUCUCAUGUUGGCGGAUAAUGGCGUGUGUUGUAUUGAUGAGUUUGACAAGAUGGAUCCCAAAGACCAGGUGGCCAUUCACGAAGCCAUGGAACAACAGACAAUCUCAAUUACCAAAGCUGGAGUCAAGGCUACUUUGAAUGCUAGGACAUCCAUCUUGGCAGCUGCCAAUCCAAUUGGAGGGAGAUAUGACAGAACAAAAUCCCUGAAGCAGAACAUCACCCUGACUGCCCCUAUCAUGUCCAGAUUUGACCUUUUCUUCAUUCUGGUGGAUGAAUGCAAUGAGGUGACAGACUAUGCCAUUGCCAGGAGAAUUGUUGACUUGCACAGCAGGAAUGAGGAGUCAGUGGACCGUGUCUACUCAGUGGAGGAUGUCACCAGAUAUCUUAUGUUUGCCAGGCAAUUCAAACCCAAGAUAAGUGCUGAUGCCCAGGAAUACAUGGUGGAGGAGUAUAAGAGACUGAGACAGAGAGAUGGAUCAGGAGCCCACAAGUCAGCCUGGAGGAUCACCGUCAGACAGCUGGAGAGCAUGAUCCGACUGUCCGAGGGCAUGGCCAGGCUCUACUGUGUGGACGAGGUACAACCCAAGCAUGUCAAAGAAGCUUUCCGUCUGCUCAAUAAAUCCAUCAUUCGUGUGGAACAGCCUGAUGUUCAUCUAGAAGAAGAGGAGGAGGAGGAAGACAAACAAGAAGAGAUGGAAGUGGAAGAGAAUGCUGAGGCCCCAGCAGAACCAGCGGGUCCUGAAGGUGAUGCUCCCAGUCACCAACAUAAGAAGGGCCUGAAGCUGUCCUACGAGGAGUACAAACAGAUGGCCAACCUAAUGGUGCUUUAUAUGAGGAAGCAAGAGGAAGAAGCUCUGGAAGAUGAAACUCCGGGCUUAAGAAGAAGUGAACUAAUUGCUUGGUACCUGAAGGAAAUUGAAAAUGAGAUAGACACAGAAGCUGAACUCAUUGAGAGAAAGACUGUAGUAGAGAAAGUCAUUGAGAGACUAGUACACCAUGACCAUGUCUUGAUAGAGUUAACACAAACAGGAAUGAAAGGACAGGAUAGCUUGACCAGGGAAGAUGAUCCCUACAUUGUAGUACAUCCAAAUUAUGUUCUUGAUGUGUGAAAAUGAAAAAGAGAUUCUCAUUUGUGUAUUAAGCAGCUUAUUUCGACCCAAUGUGUUCAUACCAUGUGUUCAUACCAUGAAUUGCCAUCUGAAGAAAAAAAAUAUCACAAAAAAUCGUGUGAAACUGGAAGGACCAAAAAUGAUAAUUUAUGCAAUAUAAUUGUCACUUCAGUUUUAUAUCAAGAGCAUCUUUAAUUUAUAUUU